AUGGCACCCGAGGAAUCCCUCGCAUCCGCGAACGCGAAAGCGACCAAGAUAGACACCAAUGUCGUUUUGAAUCGUCUUGCGAUUGCCAUGGCCAAGCGCGAGGCUUUGAUCAGCUCCUGGGAAAACUCGUCCUCCCGAAAGCCACCAAAGACGCAGGAAGAGCUUGACGCCGAAGACGCUCUCAUUUUUCGACAGCAGCCCCCUCGCCUAGGCGUAGGGGCUCCGCUUCCCGCCGAAUACCUGGUCGGCGAAGCCGAACGGAGCAAUAAAUCACUCCGCGCAAGGUUCUUCCCCAGCAAGGGCUUGAAAGCCAGCAAGGCGCGCGAUGCCGAAGAGAAAGCUGCGAGUGCAAAGCGGGCGCAAAUGGAGGAGAGUAGCGACGAGGAGGGGGGCAGGUCAAGCUUGGGAAGGGCGAAGAAAUUGAAUAGCCACCGGAAUGUAAACCCGGUCAAGCAAACUAAGAAGCGUCUAUCUGAUUCUGAUGCCGAUGAUGAGGGGGUAUCUCAUUCAGGAAAGGCAAAGAAGCAGCGAACAGAUACCAGUUUUGAAUAUCCUGCGAAGCAAGUCGUCGGAGAGGAUGAAAUGCCAAAGAAGAGGCCAAAAAGCAGUGGCCCUUCGAACAGGGUCGAGGAACCGAAGCGAAGAGUUGUUACAGAUGCGGCGGAAAAGGUAGCUUCUGCCGAUGCUCCAGCAAGCAACCAGUUGACUGCGAAGGAGAGGAAGAAGUUGAAGAAGACGCAGAAUGAUGUCCAUCCGGUGGAAUCCAAGCACCAGAUUUCUACAAAGUCGGACACGGCAUCCUCUAAGGCCAUUAAGGAAAAAAUCCAGAUGAGUGGGAAGGAGCUGGAGAAGUUGGAGAAGAGGGAGAGGAAGAAGCUGAAGAAACUGGAAAAAUUGAAGGCACAGCGGGCAGCGAAGGGCGAUUGA